CAUGCCCCGUUGUAACAUGUGCUCUGGGAAACGGAGGCUAAUCCCCAAGCACAUGUUAUAACGGCUAAUCCCCAAGCCCCCGUCGCCGCCGAGCUGACGCCUGCUGACCAGCGGUGUGCUGACGUGGCACAGCCAAUCGUGAUUAAUCGACGUCACAAGCGACCGUCGGAAACGCUCUGUGACCGCACGUUCGAGGGCAUCCGAGCCCUUUCGCGACUCAAUCUUCUACAGCCUAUUCUGAGUGAAGGACGUGCUGAGCCGCCGGCUAGUGUAGUAGGUACCAAAUAAGGUUCGCCUACAGGCGUGAAUCAGGUAUACUGUAGUAUUACCUCCUUCACAAGCAUAAUUCCGACGUACUAUUCGCUUCGUCGGGGCGAUGUCGCUCCUCGCGUUGUGCCGUCGUAGCAGCGGCCUAUCCACCUUUCCUUUGCGAGAAGCCCUCGGCUCACAAUGCCGCCAUACGUAUAGUAGCCAUGGCCAAAUCCAUAACCAUAGUAGUCAUAGUCAUGGCACGCAUCGCCGCGUGGUGGCCAGAUGCCGCGUAAUCCGCGCAUCCAUCAAUGGCAGCGCACCUGCCAGCUCAGCAGCCGCCGUGUCCACAUCUGCCACGUCACUGGCCCCCGUGGCGCUAGAUCCAUCGUACGGGAGCAAGGAGGUGAUUAAAGUCGACUCGCGCGUCUACCAGUACAUUCUGGAACACACGAGAGAACCCGAGAUUUUAGCCGAGCUGAGGAGAGAAACGGCCACCAUGAUAGGCAAAGAAAUGCAGGUGUCGCCAGAGCAAGGCGCCUUUCUUGCCACGUUGGUGCGGCUCAUGGGAGCCAAGCGCUGCAUUGAGCUGGGCGUGUACACGGGCUACUCCUCCCUCUCUGUCGCGCUGGCCCUGCCCCCUCACGGUCUGCUGGUGGCGUGUGAGAGGGUGCCUCACACGUUUGCAGUGGCUCAGAAAUUCUAUGAGAAGGCUGGAGUGAGACACAAGGUGGACCCACGCUUGGGGUUAGCGCUGGACACUCUGCAGCAGCUGCUAGACGAGGGGCAGGCGGGCAGCUUCGACUUUGCAUUCCUGGAUGCGGAUAAGCGGAGGUACCGAGAGUACUACGAGCUGCUCCUCACUCUUUUGAGGCCAGGAGGGCUCCUGGUGGUGGACAAUGUGCUUUGGCAUGGCCAGCUGGCCGACCCUCAGGUGACCGAUGCCAGGACGGAAUAUUUGAGAGCCUUCAACCAAUUUAUCCUCAAUGAUCCUCGCAUCCACCAUAGCAUUGUUCCUGUCGGAGAUGGCGUGGCAUUGUGUCAAAAACUAUAACUCCAAUUUUAUGCACACUUUGAUGUAUGACGUUCUACCAUAGUCUUCGAGAUAAAAAUGCCAUAAUUUUCCUAUUUGAAUUCACACGGACGAAGUGUAGUGUAGUCGGGAUAAUUCUUUAACCC